AUGGGUGACUUGGCCACCAGGAAUCGUGAACACUUCGACAAGCAUGCCAUAGACCAUCAGAGGGAGUUUGCUGAUCUGAUCCAAGCUACGAUCGAAGAGUUUCAGUCAAGACGUUUCUGGAUCAGCAAUAAGUGGGUCGGCGCUCUCGACUCUGGCACAGGAGAUCAGCAGCAUGAUAUCAGACUCUUAGAUUAUGCGUGUGGCUCUGGGACGGCAUCCAGGGCACUAGCGCACUUUGUCACUCAAGCUGUCGGCCUCGACUUAUCCCAGAACAUGGUGGAACAGUACAAUAAGCAUGCCCGCGAAAUGGGCUUCUAUCCAGAUCGAAUGCACGCUCGCCAAUACGAUCUGUUGGCUGAGCCUGAUCCCAAACAGCAACAGCCCCUAUCGGAACAGGAGCUUUCUGGCUUUGAUAUUGUCGUGGUGAGCGCCGCGUUGCACCAUGUUGCAGAUCCAGGAAAGCUACUGAAAUGCCUGGCCCAGUGCCUCAAAAGAGGAGGUGUGUGCGUGGUGUUGGAUAAGAUUCCUGACUUAACGAUGGAAAGUCUUGGGGCAGCAAUACCACCGGAGCAUGCGGAUGCUCUCAACACGAUCAGCAAGCGCGGAUUUAGCGAGGAAGAAAUGCGGAAGUUGUACGAAGACGCCGGGCUGGGAAGGAAUUUCGACCAUGUCGUUAUCGAUCGAUCAUUCGAAUUCACUGUUGCAGGCCGCAAGAUCCAGUUCAAUGGAUUCAUUACUAGAGGUGAACUGACGUGA